AUGAAAAACUCUUCUCUUCUUUUCAUACUUAUUGUCGUUUUCGUUAUUUCUUCUUCAGAAAACGGGAUCAUGAUAGGAGAAGCAAAAAAGUGUAGUAAUUCAUGGAUUUGUGAAGGAGACGAGAAAUGCAAAGAGAAGUGCAUGGCUGACUACAAAGGCAAUGGAACAUGUUAUUACCCAUCUCCUCCUUCAAAACAACAUCCUGAGUUCUUUUAUCCUACAUGCUGGUGUGGGUUUGAUUGUUAA